UAUAUACCUGUAUAAGUAUACCUGUAUAAGCACAGGUGUAUACGCGGAGUGAUUCCAUAACCGCACAUCCUGGUGACCUGCCCGUGCCACGUCUCUGGUAGUUUAAAAAAAAAACAGAAUUCUGCCCGUCGUUACGCACUGUACUUUUGUCGUGUUCCUAUCGCAUUGGAUACUAUUUUGCCUAUUGGAUACUGUUAAGUUGUCAAUUGGAUAUUGUCCUGCCAAAUUGUUAGUCUUGCCGAUUUGAUACUGUCUUGUAAGCUAAGUUAUAACCACUAAAAGCUCUGCUGGGCGACACUGAACGUACCGACCAUGUCUCCCCUUACGCUGGUUGUUCUCUGUUUUGCCCUGGUAUUCCCUGGCCCUAGCCUUGCAGCCGAAGGGCAGUGCACCGCCUACAAGCGGGGCGGCCUGCUGCACAUGAAGCACUACGUCUGCUGCGACAACUGCGGGGAGAACGACGGGGCGCCGGACUGUGGGCAGACGACCUACCUGGCGGACAGUACUGAGAGGGAUUACUGCGGCAGCUGCGGGGAGGAUCUGGGGGACGCCAGGGAGACGGUCGGCAUGUUCGGCUGCGGCGGCUGCACGGGACAGGCCAUUGUUUCCCACAGGUGCGACAAGCGGUACGUGUACGCAGGCGCGUCGUUCUGCUGGCUGCACAGUAAGUGUUUCGAGCUGCGGUGCCAAAAAGUCGCGCAGGACGCCGCACUGGAGUCCAGCCCGACAGACCAGCCUUACUGUGGGGACAGCCAUUGCGACAAGCACCGUGAGGACGCCGCCAGCUGCCCGUUUGACUGCUGCCCACUGCGGAACCCUGACGAAUGCCGACACCCGUACCACUGCAGCAAGUGUCCACCUCUCUGCUGCGCCGAGACAGGGUGCUGUCUGGACUAAAGACUAAAUUGUGGCUGUCAGACGUUCAAAAAUAAAAUUUCAGAACGUGUCCAUCUAGCUCUAUGCCUGAAUGAGUUAGGUUAG